AGUUCACAGAAACUUGUUCCUAAUCGGAGACGGAAGGGUAAACUGAUUGAGGUUCGGCUUCCCUAUAAAUUACGAUUACCCCACCAAUUCCCACUUUUAUGUAUUCUUCAAGCUGAUCUCUCUUCUACCUUGCAUCUUACGUGAAGUAGACCAGCGAUUUCCAGUUUUAAGGCUACUGCUGCAGUUUGUGAGUGCUACUGCUUUGAUUCUUCUCAGACAACCGUUGGAGAUGAGUCAGAAAGGCCUAAUAUACAGCUUUGUUGCUAAAGGAACUGUUGUUUUAGCAGAACACACAUCAUUCUCAGGGAAUUUUAGUACCAUUGCUGUUCAAUGCUUACAGAGAUUGCCUUCUAACGGCAGCAAAUGCACAUACUCAUGUGAUGGAUAUACAUUCAACUUUCUUCUUGACAGUGGAUUUGUCUUUCUCGCUGUUGCGGAUGAAUCAGUUGGAAGGAAUAUGCCAUUUGUAUUUCUGGAGCGUGUGAAAGAUGACUUUAAACAGCGUUAUGGAUCAAGUAUCAAGGAAGAGGACCCUCACCCACUUGCAGAUGAUGAGGACGAUGAUGAUCUAUUUCUUGACCGAUUCAGUGUUGCAUACACUCUUGACAGAGAAUUCGGGCCAAGGCUUAAGGAGCACAUGCAAUAUUGCAUGAAUCAUCCAGAAGAAAUGAGUAAACUUUCCAAGCUGAAGGCUCAAAUAACAGAGGUGAAAGGAGUUAUGAUGGAUAACAUUGAAAAGGUUUUAGAUCGUGGAGAACGGAUCGAGCUUCUGGUGGACAAAACAGAAAACCUACAAUUCCAGGCCGAUAACUUUCACCGACAAGGGAGGCAACUUCGGCGAAAAAUGUGGCUGCAGAGUUUACAAAUGAAGCUGAUGGUUGGGGGAGGAAUCUUGGUGCUGUUCAUCAUACUUUGGUUUGUUGUAUGUGGUGGUUUCAAAUGUUGAUUUUGGUAAAGUUAGUAGCAUAUGAGUGUUUUCUUAAACUUGGCUAUGUAUGCAAACUGUUACCAAGUCUAUGUAAUAUAUGCCUUGCCUGCCCCUCUUGUUCAGCUUUUAA